AUGAAAGUGUUUCUGAACAUACGACGGAGGAGAUUCGAGAUUGAAUGGGUUAUGGUGCUAAGUUUGGGGAAUCUUAAUUUCUCACUCAAGAGGUUUGGAAGUUCACGGGGGCAAAAGGAAAAGAAGCGGGCACAAAUAUUCAGAUGGGAUUUUUAUAGGAGAUCGAGGAUUCAUAUUGAGGCAAUCAACAAGAUUCGUCUGAAGCUAAGAUUCUGGGUAUCUCGGACUUGCGAAGGAAGAUUAAAUGGAUUGAUAUCUUGUCAGGGAAGACCAAUCAUGAUUCAGGGAAUAAAGGAAUUAAAAGCUAACAUCUUUGUCCGUGUGUUACGGUCGGAAGGUUUGGAAGGUGCCCGAUUUGGAAUAUGGGUGAUUGCAACUUCCCCUGUCCUGAAGAAGAGAAAUAAGGAAAGUCUCUUGGUGGCCAUGAUGGAGGUAAUGGGAUAUGAUGGGAUAUUAGGGAAGGGCACUCUGACGCCGCGGCUAAAGAUUACAUUACCCAGCUUUGACAACUCCGAGCUCAUUAAAGGCUAUCAACGCCCUCUUAUUGGUCGGUGUAUGAAUCCGACAGCUCAAGAGAUGAAUGCGCUUCUGUUCAUGAUGCCGAGGAUAUGGAAGGUGGAAGACCGUGUGGCAGGAGCGGAUCUAGGGAUGGAGAGGUUUCAGUUUGAUUUUGAUGAAGAAGAGGAUAUACAAGCGAAGAGAAAGAAGACGGGGGUUCAAAGAGUUAUAAAGGAGCUCUUGGGGGCGCGGGAGGAAGCGGAAAAAUUCAAACAGAUCAGCAUCGCUCACAAGGGGAGCUACAUAAAGGCAAAGGAGGAUGGGAAACGGUUUCGUGGGGCAACACGAAGCAUUCAUCGCCCUACGGAAGAUCCAAAAAUUGGCUCAACGAGGCUUCGGGAAACACGAGAAAAGAAAGCAGAGAACAAGACUGACGGGAGUGACAAAGAUAGCCCACCACAACAGUCAGCAAAGAAGGUUAGGAAGGGUUUACUUUUUGUGAAAACAGCUACGGGAGGAGGGGAUGAUUUAGGCAUCGGAUGCACUCAAAUAAUCGAGGAGGCAAUAGGGGAGACAGUCGUAGCUACAGAGGAGUCAGAUGUUCGGAUGGAGGAACAAGGAGGAAUAGAGGACGAGCUGAUCGUCGAUUAUGGUUCUGAGCAGGAAGGCCUCAUGGAUGACAUUUCUGGGGGUUUUGAUCUAGCGGAGUUGGAGAAAACAGUGGAGGAGGCGGGUGAGUCUCACCGGCCCAGCAUUGAUAAUAUUGAAUUAGGAUCGUUACAUAUUGACCAGGAGGAAGUACAGCUUGGUGUGGAGGAUAUGGAGAAGCUCCCUAAUGAGUUGAUCAAGGCCCCAAUCAAAGCAGGAGCAAAGAAGCGGGGUGCAGCAAAGGAGGAGUGA